AUGAAUGCAAUGCCUUCGGCCGGCCCCAUGGCCAGCUCCGUGUUUGUGGCCGCACCUUACAACGGUUAUCCUGUGAUGUCAGGAGUCAUGUCUCAGGUGCCCUCAUAUCCAGACAGCCAACCGCCAGUCCACGUCAUCCCUGGGAACCCACCUGGUUUAAUGCCGGCUGUAACUGUGCUGCCUGCCCCGAAGAUCUUGAAAGAAGGCAAAGUCUUGGGAGUCACGCAGAUCCUGAUUGGCCUGGUGCACAUCGGCCUGGGCUCCAUCAUGGCCACGGUGCUCUUGGGGAACUACAUACGCAUCUCCCUGUACAGCGGCUUUCCCUUCUGGGGGGGCAUCUGGUUUAUCAUUUCAGGGUCCAUAUCGAUGGCAGCAAAAACACCUCGGAGUUCAUCUUGCCUGCUGGGUGCCAGCGUGGGCUUGAACAUCUUCAGUGCGAUCUGCUCUGCCGUCGGAAUAAUCCUUCUCAUCACAGAGUUAAGUCUCACUAGAACGUAUUCAGACCUCAGUUACUACCCUCCCCAUUCAAGCUGGGAUAUGAACACGGGCAGGGCUGUUUCUGGUAUGCUGCUCAUCUUCUGCAUCCUGGAGUUCUGCGUGGCCUGUGCAUCCUCCCACUUUGGCUGCCAAGUGGUCUGCUGUCAGUACAGCCAGGUGGACCCUGUCUUCCCCAGUGUGUAUACAACCCAGUGGCCAUGCCACCACCACCAAACACAACACCAGGUUACACCAGUGGAGACUACAGAUAAGUAGAACAAAAGAGUCAAG